AUUUCAGUUUUCUGAUUACGUUCAAAAGGUUCAGUUCGAAAAUGUUGCUCAAGUUCUUGGUUGUGAUCCUGCUGGCAAUUUGCAGUUUUGCAAUUGCAAAUCCGAUCAAACGUUGCAAUGACAUGUCCCUGAACACCAUAAUCGAAAUCAACGUCAAGGAACGCCUCAAGCAGCUAGGCUUACACCCAAGAAUAUUCCGGUACGGAACCAGGAGUGCUCCACUUCGAGUGAAGAAACCUCAACCAAGGACCCAACCUAACCGCAAACGGUUGAAGCCGAAGCCACGUCGUAAUUGGGUGGACGCGUAUGUGAAAAAUUUGAAACCAUGGCGGAAGUCUUUGGGCCCCGAGGAGAAACUCGGCCACCGGAAGUGGGAUGCGGUUGGACGGCUGGAACUGGAGAUGCGACGACGACCGGGGUUGAGCGAGAGGCGGUUGAAAAGGAUGGAAAAUGAAGUCGCUGAGAUUUUGUGGAAGUAUUGAAAUGUUGAUGAUGGUCAUUGAACCUUUAGUGAUUAAGUCAAAUAAAUAGUUUAUGUGAAGU